AUGUCGACCGUGGAUUGCAUGAAGGACUUGUUUGUGGAGGGCCAGCUUUUGGAUGGUCGCUUCCGCACCGUCGCCCCUCUCAACCAUGGGUCCUUCGGCAUGGUCUUCCUUGCGACGGAUAACACCACCGGCCAAGAUGUUGCCAUCAAGUGCUUGACCAAACCUUUGUCCACCGACCCGUCGGCCCCGUCCCCCGUUGAUGACCGUUUCGAAGAGCUCGAGUGCCAUCGGCGCCUCGCCCAUCACCCCAAUAUUGUCAAUUUGAUCCACUCCUUCGAGACCGAGGCUCACACCUAUCUUGUCUUGGAGUACUGUGUCAAUGGUGAUCUGUACGAGGCCAUCCGUCUUGACCGCGGUCCUUUGGAGACCGAGCACGUUCGGGAUUUCAUGCUGCAGUUGGUCAGCGCCGUUGAGUUCAUGCAUGCUAACGGCUUGUACCACCGUGACAUCAAGCCAGAGAACAUCUUCUUGACGCAGGAUGGUUCCAUGAAACUCGGUGACUUUGGUCUGGCAUCCCGCGACCCUUGGUGCCACGAGGCCUGUGUCGGCAGUGACCGCUACAUGGCUCCCGAGCAAUAUGAGCCCACUGCUGCCGGUUACUCCCCCGCCAAGGCCGAUAUCUGGUCGAUUGGUGUUUGUCUGUUGAACAUUUUGUUUGCACGGAACCCCUUUGUCACUCCGACCGAGUCCGACGUGCUCUUUGCAGACUAUACUCGCGAUCGUCAGUCGCUGUUCGACAUCUUCCCCAACAUGUCUCAGGACACGUACGAGAUUCUGACCCAUGCGUUGGCCCUUGAUCCCGAGAAGCGUUCCUUGUCCGGUGUGCGUGAGUGCAUCCUGCGGGCCGUGUCCUUUACUACAGAUGACGACGCCCUGGAUGACUUCUGCACCGAAGACCGCGAGGUGGUCCCCGCCAGUGCCAACCGCGAGCCUCUCCGCACGCCGUCCAUCCAGAGCCCACAUGCUGUCCGGCAGCUCUCCGUCAUCCCCGACACCGAGAGCUACACCGAGGACCUGUUCCCGCCGUCCGAGACUGCCGGCACUUCGUGGUUCUCCGCUCUCGCGGAGACCCCGUCGAUGGCCUCGGUGUUGGGCUCGACCAUGGGGUCCUCGUUCCGUUCUCUCCACCUCCUGCGCAAGCAUGAGGCACCCUUCCCUCCUCGCUCUGAUCCGGUUCCGAUCACCGGUUCCUUGCCCAGCAAUGCCUCCAAGCCCCUGCCGUCCCUGUCGAUGGUGUUUGGACGCAACAAGAGCAACCAGAUCUCCAAGAGCUGGAGCGAUCUCUGGGAGGAGGAGGAAUCGGAGAACGAGGAUCUUGAACUCCAGAAACGCCGUGAGCAGAACUCUCGUAGCUGGAGCCAAGAGAGCCAGAGCACGCCUCUUGCGACUACUGCACUGGCGGGACUGCGCGAGCCGGACUCCGCCUCCUUCCUCAAUGAGCGUUCCCUUCCACAAGCUUCCCCCAUGACCAAGCCGCGUCAGAUCCGCGCCCGAUCGUUAGACGGUAACAGUGAUUCGUCCAGCAGCACGCCGCGGCCCCUGCAGCAACCUUCCCCCAAGAAGGCCGACAGCGACAAAUGGGCCGAGCUUGGUGAUCGCCGUCGCAAGUACAAGCCUCGUGAGCUGUUUGGGCCCCGGCACGCACUCGCCAGCAACUGGCGUCGCGACUGGGGGCUUGGUUCUUCCGGGUUCGAUCAUGGACAACAGGCCAAGCCGGUUUCAACCCCGCGCACUGAUCGUCGCCGCCAGCUGUUCCUCGAAAAGGACUGGCGCCGUGAUGCCGUGGAAGUUCCGGGACCGUCGCCUAUCAAAUUCUCUGCCUACGACGGCAGCGUGGACGAGGAUCUCGACCUUGUGGGUGGCUGGCAUGACCUUCACCUGUAA